AUGAUUGGAACCGCAACAGAGCCGACUGUAGAGCAGACAGUCGAGCUAGUCGCCACCUGCAAACAACAGACCAUUGUGAACAUCAAGAUAAGAAACUGGCUGGGUUCAAGACAAGCUUUUAAUGCAACUUACACAAUCUUGCAACUGACUGGAGGGCAUGGAUUGCAAGUUCAGGCUCCCACUUUCUUAGAUGUACCAGGAGGUCAGAUUAGGGAUUACAGGUUUUCCGUCUUUGCUUUGAAGCCCUGUAACUCAGUGAUCCGCUUUCAAUUCACAAAUCCAUCAACAGGGGAUUUUACACUUGCGGAUGCCAGAAUUCAAUUUAAUGAAGGAGGCUCCAUGGGAACAAUCAAUUUCAACGGGAAUACUCGUCAGCUUUACCGUCACAGACUUGAGAUUGAAAAUCCGUCGAGUAAACGCGCAAGCAUUCAGUGCACAUCAACUCACCAAGAAAUUAGCUUCCUACCACAGUCGUUUGCCAUUGCUCCUCAAUCAACAUCCACAGUGGACAUACUGAUGAGGCCGACGGUCCCAGGGAGUGGAGAGGCAAGCGUUUCGUUAACUAGUGAGGAGUUGGGGUUAUUCAAGUACCUUGUAAAGUACGAGAUGAAGAACCCUGGAGUGGAAAAGCGUAUCACAUUUUCGGCACCUCUGGGAAGGGACUCGCAGCAAUAUGUUCGCUUCAUGCAUUUUGGGAAAAAGGCAACUGUGUACCAAAUUAGUCUGGAAUUUCCAGCAGAGUACUCACUUCCUCAAAGGCCAGCAAAUGCACCAGACGUGUUUAUUCUUGAGAGCAAGCUGAUGCAACUCCAAGCAGAUACUGACGGACAGGGGAUUGAAAUCUGCGUCCCCGUCAAGUUUGUUCCUUCUAGACUGCAAGACACCAAGGCCAUCUUGUGCAUUCGUGGCGCAGAAGGCCAAGAAUACAAGGCCCUUUUGGUUGGACGGGCCACGGCACCAGAAGCUCAGGGGCCAAUAAAAGUGCCAAAGGGAAAAGGCCUUCUAAUUGAAUUUAAGAACCCCUUGGACACAGCAACGGAAUUCGCAGCUCAGGUAGACCAGCCAGUUUUUUCGAUAGACAAGAAGUCCUUCCGCCUGGAGCCGCGAAAAUCCACGACUCUCACCGUUGCGAUGAAAACUGAGGCAAAAGCCACGGGUAACGUUGCAAAUACACUUGGGAUUAUGGACUGUCAUGAAUCCCUUAAGGCCUAA